AUGUCGAUGCUGAAGAACGGAAUACCGAACCGUAUUCAGUACCGCCCCGCGCUUUCGCGGUGCAAUGGCGGUGCGGUGAUGGCGGAUGGCGGGUCGGGCGCGGCGGACGCGGAGGCGGGAGCGGGCGCGGGCGCGGGCGAGUCGGCGGCUCGCGGCGCGGCGCUCGAGCGGGCUUACGUGCAUGACGUGUACGAGCAAGCGGGCGAAGAUGGCGACGAGGCGAUACGUGCGCCGGCGCCGGGCGUGCGGACCUUCCUGUCUGAACUCGAGCCGGGCAGCCUUGUGUGUGAUGUCGGCUGCGGCAACGGCAAGUACUUGAGCGUGAAUCCGGCCGUGUACUCAGUGGGAGGCGACCGGUGCACGCGCCUGGCAUCGCACGCUCGCCAUCACAGCAAUGAGGUGGUAGUAUGCGACAACCUCUGCCUACCCUUCCGCGAUGAGUCGUUCGACGCAGUGCUGUCCAUCGCAGUGGUGCACCACUUCGCGACGGUGGAGCGGAGGGCCAUGGCACUCAGGGAGCUGGCCAGAGUCACCAGGAUCGGGGGAAGACUCCUCCUCACUGUGUGGGCUAUGGAGCACGAAGGACGGAACUUCCAUUCUCAGGACGUGCUGAUUCCUUGGCAUAGGCCAGCUACGUUGUGCCCGCCGACACCGACGCCUAGAUUCCUGUCUGUCGAUCAUGAUCAGAACAUAGAGUCUUGGAAAUCCCGAGACGGAUCUCCAGGGUCAUCCUCACUUUCGUCACCCAACGAAACCUGCUAUUCAUUUGUACGGAGGGCACUUCAAAAGCUCGCUGGUCGUCGUUCGUUUUUGCCUUCCUGGGGUCUAGCCAGAGUCCCACCACGACCUUGCACGGGGCUAGAACCACCGGCUGCAGAUCUACCCAUCGAACUCCGGCGUUUGGAUGAAGCUCUACCCCCAAGAUUGAUCACACAAAACUCUGAAAGUUCAACAAUGAAAUCCAGAAGUUUAACUGAUAUCGCUGACGUCGAAAGGCGCACUCUUGUCCGCUCAAGGUCCAGUUUGCCCAGCCUAGGUGGCGACGAAAAUGAACCACCUCCCAUAGAAAAACCAGCGCCCGAAAUCCCAGAACCUCGAAAGAAACCACGUCUCGUAAAACAAAAGAAGUCCAUAAACGAAGACGAUGCCGACGAGGACUUAGACAAACCCACAGAUAUGAAAAGUAUGGUAGAAGAAAUGCCUAAUUUUAAAAUACAUACGUAUAGAUUAGAGCCCAAAAAACCUGGAGUUUUCAAGCAGACGUCACUCAAUGAAGAGUUAAUGUCAGUAGAACGAUUACGUGAGAAGGAACAUUUGAGAAAAAAUAUCCAAAAACAGGCGUCUCUCAACGAAGAGUAUCUGUAUCGGCGACCGGGCGCUUUAGAUUCAAUACGUGACUCAAUAUUUUCUACAUCAGCAACUACCGCUAAGAAAUUCCAGUCCCUCAAAAACGGCCUCACUAGUAAGUUCAAAACAUCUACAACGAAUAUAGAUAAAGUAACGGUGUUCGUAAGAAUGCUUCAAGGGUGGAAGAAUCACGGGCCGGUGCCAGAAGUUCCUACGCCGAGUGACAAUAAUCCAGCAACUGAAAAAGCUGUGCCUGAGAGACGCCAUUCUAGAGAAGAUGGAUCUGAUUCCUCAAAGGAUAGCAGUUUGCAGAGUGAUACUAGCGUUGACUCGGAAGACAGUUUCGCAUCUGUGAUAUACGUCCCUAAAGCAGACGGCUCAGGCGACCCACUAUCGCCUACUCCUCUUUCACCCGGCCCCACCUCGCCUAGAUUAAAAGUGUCGUCUGUUCCAACCUCCCCUCGAAUGAAGAGCUCACCAGGCCUUCCUUCGCCAAGGAUAAAGCAGGCUUUUCCUCUAAUUCGUCCACCGGCGUCACCGAGUGCCGUCCAACCACCUACUGUAAACAAGAUAUUAGUCGCACAAUACAGCUUAAAAAACUAUUCUACCUCCAGUUCUAUUUGUGCUGUACCAUUAAAACCACAGUCAAAAAGCCAACCUAACUCUCCACCAAAAUCAGAAUCAGACGACAAAGUAAUUAAGCCAGAACUUCAACAACUCAUAAACAGCAAUGUGUCUGUAGAAGUCUUUGAAGAAAUUGACCCUAUACCGCCCAUCAAGGAGGAAGAGGAAACACCAACAGAGGUAACGAAAGAGCUUAUUGCCGAAAUCAACAAAGACAUAGAAGAAAUACACAAACUUACAGAGGAGACAAAUCAACUGAAACCAAGAGUUGUACUUCAAGAUGUGAAACCGUAUCCAAAAAUUACACUGCAAACAGUGGCGGAGUUGCCAGAAAUUCCACAAUUUAAACCCAAGGAAACCAACAAAUCUUCAUCGGCUCCAUUCCCAAUCGUUCGCACAGGCAAAUCCGAGCAUGUAGUAAAGACAAGACCAACACUAAUGGCUUUGGAACUGUUUAAUCCAGCUACAGACGAUAUGGACAGCGAUUCAAGUGGCGUCUCUUCCCCAGACUCCGUUGACAGUGUCAUCAGCGUUGUACCAGAUGAACUCAGAAAAACUGCACAAGAAAAAGAUCUACCAAACCCCAACAAACUCACAACAGAACCAAAGAUUGAAGAAACACCUUCAGAUAAGUCCCCUUCUACGGCACCCGCACCUCAAGCACCUCAUAGUCUUAUUGAGGCUGUAGCAGAAGUAGCACAUUCCUUGGAUGAGACCUGUGAAACCGUGAUACAAUCUAGCCCAAGGUCAAAACGGAAACAUCUAGAGAAGUUAGAAAGCGCUGACGCAAUAGCCAUCAUCCAAGGAACUUCAAGCAGCAGUAGCAGCAGCAAUUGGAGUUUAAACAAACUAUCUCCUGGAGAUUUGAGGAUAUUAGAAGAUAAGUCGAGAUCUCAUACAAGUUCUAGUGGAAGUUCUUCCAGUCUGGAACGUCUGUCACCUGGAAGACGAUCCAAAGAUCGGUCUCCAAAACAAGGGAGUACGAGUAAUUCAACUUGGAGCCUGAAUCGAUUAUCUCCUAAUAGGCCGGAGGGACGGUCAUUGGAUGAAAAUUUGAGCAGAAGUCAUAGGAGCCCCACUCGUUUCCCAUACGAUUCAGUUUCAAUAUCAAGUACCGAUUCUGAAAAAUCGAUUUCUAAAUCAGAAAGCUUUAAUAGAAUACAAAAUGAACCCUUGGUAACGUGUAAAUCUGAUAUGAUAGCAAAAGAAGAGGAAUGGGUAGCUGAUCAACAAGAUCGAAGUCAACAUUUAACUGAGUUUGCUGAAAAACUAAGUGAAAAACUACUACAGGAAAUUGAUCAGUAUUCUAAACGGAUUAAUGAAGAAGAUUUCGACCUCCCUAGCAGCAGCAGUAGCGAAAAAAGUAUAUCGCUGAGACUUAAACGUGAAGAAGAAGAUCGGAACACCCAGAAAAUUUUAGACGAAUUGUCAGACAGUUUACAACACCUAGAAGAUCCCUACAUAAAUAAACUCAGUACGGAAAUGCACGGUUUGAAUAAAUUAAGUGCUGAACUCCAGGAACGAAAUAAGUACAUAGCAUCCAUGAACGACACACAAGAGACUGAUAUAAACAAAUUGUUUCCUAAAUGCGGCUCUAAAACUAAAAGCAAAAAGAGAUCGAAAGAUGUCGAUCCAAUCAUUAACAAAUACAGAGAACUCAAGAAAACUAUGAAAGUAACAAGCGACGAAGACAUUUAUCUAAAUAAUUGUGCCAAUAUACAAUACAACGUUAAACCAGUCGUCUCUGAAGAAAAACCAGCGGAAGUUGAAACCAAGAAUCCUGACGAUGACAGCGCUAUUUGUUCCAGUAAUGGAAAUCCCGAGAUCACAAUAGACUCUGGGACGUACGACACAAGUCAGUCGCUUGAAACUGGUUACUCAUUAGAAUCUGAAAUCAGCAUUGAUUCGCUGUGCACUAGCACUGACAAAAGGUCUUCACUGAAAGUCGGGCAGUCCACCGAUUCGAGCGAUCUAGAUAAAAUGGAGAUCAGUCCAGAGUCUAUAACUUCGCGAUCCAGUGCCAGUACAGCGCCUCUGAAGUCAGGGUUUUCAAUUGAAUCAAGCGAUACGUCGGCUGGUAGCGACUGGAGCAGGCGAGACAAGACCGGCAGUACUGCGUCUUUGGGCUGUGCUAGCUUGGCUUCACUGCCAUCGUGUAGCGAAUGCUCCAAAGAGAGGAAGCUGCUGGAAACACGCUCAUCUUCGGAAGAUACAGCUACCGUUCCAGUUCCUACUCGUCCGGGACCUCACGCUCCUCUCCUGCCAUCUCUGAGCGACGGAUCCGACAGCCUGCCAUCUGAGGGCGGCGCUGUCACCUACCACAGAUAUUACCACGUCUUCAAGAGAGGCGAACUCGAUCAACUAAUCGAAAAAUACGUGGAGAGUCUCCAUGUGGUGUCCUCGUACUACGACCAGGCCAGUUGGUGUGUUAUAGCAGAAAAAGUUCAAGUGUGGACCAUUUAGGUUCUUGUCGAUUGUACUUUCUUUAUUGCGAUUUUAGGAUUGAGUUGGUGUGUUACGGCCUGUGAAUGUUCAAAUGUUGGUGAAUUUAAUUCUUAUGAAAUAGUGGAAUAUAAUAUAAACAAGUAAUCUUUGGUAGUAGACACUAUAGUAAGUGCAGUGAUUACAUACAAGUGACCUUCUAACGAACUCCUGUGAGUGUUAUGGAUAUUCCCGAUGUGACAUGUAAGUAGUACUGACAGUUCGCGAAAUUGCCAAAAGCGAAGCUUUUGUUUUUUAAUAUAUUCUAGUCACUCUAUACUUGUUUACUAGUUGUUAUCUCUAUUAUAAUUAUAAUCUAAAGUCUUUAUUGCCCUUCGCAGUGCGAACUAAUGCAGUAUUCAAACAGUUAAAUUUAGUACAAUAUAUUUAUCUUUUCUGACAAAUAUAACGGUGACUUUAACUAUUUAAAUUGAUUAUCCAGUACUAUUUUUACCUGAUUGGAUAGUAUUCGGGCCUGCGGUCUGUACUCUGUACGACGGGCGUUAGUAUUCGAUGCGGGACUAGAACUCGUGUAAAAUGAAAACUAAGAGCUUUAAAUAGAAGAAAGUAAAUAUAGUAUAUUAUAUACUUCAGUCGCUCAAUAUAAUAUAAGCUAUUAAUAGCUUAUUUACUAUCUACCAUUCAUGUAUAUCUACAGAUACAAUAUUGUAACUCUUAUUACUGUUACAGUAAUUUAUACCAUUUUCCAAGAUCAAAGAAUAGAUACAAAAUUACAUAAAAUAUAAAUUUUAUCAAAAUAGAGACUUUAUUGUAAUGUAUAAUAUUAUUAUUCGAAGACAAUAACACUUAUGAAAUUAUUUAAAAAUGUUGGUAUUUAUAGCAUAUUAGUUAAUGAAAAUAUCACCCUAAUGUGCACCGUUCAUUUAUGCCUAUUUAGAAAAGUAUUUGGUUUUGGAGUAUGGUAUAAAUGGUUCUUUAAAGAGACCCUUAUCUUAAUACUACAUGCACAGAUUAUGUUUCGACUACGGUAAAGUAAAUGAGCUGGCCUCACACAUGGGUUACGUAUAAUUAAGCCUACGGGUCCACGAUACGUUUCAUUAUCCCAAUUUAAAGCAUUAUUUAUACUAAAUUCGGACCAUUUAGUGAGGUUAGGAGUUUUAGACGACGUAGUGGCAUAAAGAGCGUACCCUUGCCUAAAUGUAAAAUACUUGAGAGUACAAAUACAUACAUACAUCAAUUUGUUCAAUACUCAAUGUAUGUAUACACGCCUACUCUAAGUGUACUUCUAAAAGUCUACGCCUUAAGAAACUCAUUUCCCUAUUCCCAUUCUAUCUACAAAUAUGUCACAUAUUCAAUUUUAAUACAAUAUCAUUUCAAAAAUUAUUAUUUAGCAUUUUGAAAAUUAUAAAAAUCAUUCUUUUUCAUAUUAUAUCUAUUAUUAUAAGUGGAAUAAACGAAUUUUAAAUUUCAUUUUAUUAACGUAUUCGUUAAUAAUAAGUAAUUAGGUAGGUUAAUUUAAUAUCAUAGUGUCCUACAGUGAAUAUCAUCAAUGGUAUCAAAUCACGUCGCAUUAACGAGCAUGAAAUAUAUCGAAGAACAAUAAACAACAACAUUGCAUUGCUUUCAGCAACCUAAAUAAAUGUUAACAAUAUUCGUUAUUGUAAAUAAUCGCUAUAAGUAUAUAAAGCUAUUAGAAAUUAAUUAUGUUAUCAAAAAAGUGAGAUUAAAAUUAAUAUAUUAGAAUAGUAACAUUGAACACACAGCUGUACAUUUAAUAUUUUUUAUAAAUGAAUCUCAUAUGAAUAUUAAAUGAAAUAUUAAAUGUUCAAGCGGUAGUUCUUGCAUUGUCAUUAGGAUUGUAUGCAAUUAGUAAAAUAAUGGAAAUAACGUAGCGAAUAGGACAAAAUAAUAUUUAAAAUGCACAACCGUUACUUACUUAUAUUAAUUUAAUCUGUAUGUAAGUCUUCAUUUAAAUCUGGAGAACCACUUCACAAGAUAUGUUAGCCUUACAGUUUAUUGUAUUGGGAUAAAGAAUAUAUUUGUAUUUUGUAAAUUGAAAUGAUGAGCAUCAAUAGUUAACGAAAAAACAAUUGACGAAAUAAUGUAUCAAAUCUGCAACAACAGUACUGUAUUUUAAUAUUGUAGAGUUUACAAAUGUUUUUUGAACACAAGAUUUUCGUUCGUCAAUAUUAGAUCUCAAUUUAUUUAGAUAUUCAAGGUACUCCAGAACGAAAAGUCAAAUCAAUUUAAUACUUUUGAUUAAUUAAAUUAAUUCCUGAAAGAAAUACGAUACAUUUGAUUGUCGUGGUAUUUAUUGAUCCUCAUCGUUAAAAAUGUGUUAUCGUUAAAUUAAAUUACAUUCCAUUCGUAACUCGUUCAAUUUUAGGGAUAUCGGUAAUUAUUAUAAAUUUUACUUUCCGACUUAUAUUAUUGAGCCCGCGCGGCGUUAAAUUGAUUUUAUUCGAAGUUGUGAAAUUUUUGGAGCAUAUCAAAGCUGUUUAAUUGUAUAAAUUAAUAUUAUUUUCUUAUUUUUGUAAUUUUUACUAAAUAAUUUUGGCAUAAUAACGCACGGUGUUACUGUCACGGAGAAGGUUAUUAAGACGAGACAAAAUCAGGUAGAAAAUAAGAGUAGUUCAUUCUCUAUGUGACCAAAACACCUGAAUUAAGCGUUCAUUUAAUAUCUAUGGUAAAACAAAUUUAUUGUUAAAGAAAUUAAAUACAAACCCUAUUAACAUAGGCUUUGAGUUUCUAGUAAUAAAUAAAUAGGUACUUUAAAUUAAUUCACAGGUUAAUUUUAUUAACAAAAUAUUAAAGUAUUAUUGUUAACAAAAACCUACGUCUUGUGUAUGUACAUAUUUAUAUAAAUUUUAUAUUGCUGAAGAUCAUAUUGGCUUAAUCUGUGAUAUAUGAUAGAAAAAUCGACACAGACCCGAAUUUAUUUAAUUAAUUUGCUAAGUCCUAUAUUUUUGGAUUUGAUUAAUCAUUAGUAAUAUUAAUCAUUAAUUUGUAUAACAUUUUAUAGAACAAAAGCUUUUUCGAAUAAUACUACUAUAAUUGUAACCAUCCACAGAUAUUUUAAUAAACACAUUGAUAAUGUUAAAUUCCACAAAUAUUGAAAUAAGUGAAGCACGUACAUUUAAAUACCAAUUUAAUGUUUAUGGUGGGUUUAUUACGAGCCUUUUUUAUUAGCAUUGGUAUAUUUUUACUUUUUACCCGACUGCACCAGAAGGGAUAUAUUUUUUGUGUUAAAUUAGAUCUUAUUUUGUCGGGCUGUGUGAUAUUAAUUUUUAAACCGCCUGAUAUUCCGUAGUAGUAUUUUUUUGCUACUAAUAUUAUGUCAUGAGUAUUGAUGUCAUCCCCUUAGGGCCGAUUUUAACCGCGAGAUAAUUUUUCAGAACAACUUUAAUAAUGUAUCAGAAAGUUCCUGAAUUUUAUUGUAUCAAAUGUUAUCUUACGAUUUCAAAAUCGACUUUAAGGCAAACAUUGUAAUUUAAUAAAAUCUCCGGUUUUUUAACAUUGAAUAAAUUGAACGGUUCAUAGUUGUCUUCAUUUUCUUUUCCCAUUUAUUUAUGGAUUUGACAUAUAAUAAUAUCUUUUACAAAUCGUUUACAAUUAAUAAUACAAACAAGUAACUGAUAAUAAUUAUUAUUGUCAUAAUAUAGACAGUAUUUUUCUAAAAGGGACGCUUUAUCAACAAAUUCUUUUUCUAAAAAUAGUUUUGACAUAUUUUCAAAAUCGAACCGUUCAGUUUUGCCAAUAUUAAAAAUAAUUGAAAAGUGUUGCAAGUUCACAAAUAUUUGAGCGAAGAUUAGAUGGCACAACAGACAAGAUUUCUAUUUUCUGUGUUGAUUUGUAUAACGGUUUACCUUCGCUGCACAUAAAAUCAAUAAAUUAUAGUGAUCGUGCUGAUUCCUUCAUAUCAUGCGGACUUGAAAGGGCCAGGAAAAUAGCGAGUGAAGUGUAGACUUUAUUUUUCACUUCACAACUGCUGAGUAUAGAUGAAUAGUUUUAUUAUUUACUUUAUUGUACCUACAUAAACCUAUUAUUAAUGGAGAUUUUAGUAUUACCAAGCUGGAUAGACUACCAAUGCCAAUAUUGUGUGGCUGUAUUUUGUCUAUAUUUUUUCUUUAGUUUUUGAAGAUACUGUGUUGUUCACUCGCUAUUUCCCUGGCCCCACACGAACCCUAGACAGUUAAGUCCAGUUUAUACGAGUCAUUGUCAUUCGCUCCUCUUGAGAAUAUGAACAAACAUGAUGUAUUUAAUGUAACGAAAAAUACAGUAAUAUAUUGUAAGCUUAUGUCGUAUGUACCUAUACAUUAUACUAGGUGACAACCUUCACAAUAAAAUGAAGACUUCGA